AUGUGCUUUGACGGCACCCCGACUGCACUCUUGCCCACGGCAUGUCUGUUUACCACCAGGCUCGCGCCCGGCGAUACCUUGUGGUUUGACGGCACCCAGUAUCAUCGCGGACCCGCGGCAAACGACACGGGACGCCUGCUGCUGUUCGUGGAUGUGCGGAGGCGUGUUUUUCAGACCGCCCCGCAGAUAUUCCACGCGUGCAGGCCACUGUAUAAGCUCGGCCUGUAUGCGCGCAAUCCCGUAGUACAGCUGACGCUUAUGCUACUGGCCUGCACGGGCAGAGAGGACGUUGAUGGACUCGAAGGGCCUGUCAGCGAGGACGCCGUCAUCAAUGCCCUCAAGGAGCGUUGUGGAAUUCACGUCCUCAGAUGCCUCAGGGGCGUUGUGCCCAAGCACGUACUCAGGGUUGAGGAGGUUCGUGGUGGCGAUGGCGAGGCAAUGGGUGUCCGGCUUGUGCGUGACAGUGAGGUUCCCGUUCAGGAGCACGACGUGAGCGUCGAUGACCCAGGUGGCCCGGACUUUUACCGCAGAGGUAAGCGACGCCACUCAGACGCCAGGCGUGGUGGCCAUGACGACGACGACGACGACGACGACGACGACGACGACGACGACGACGACGACGACGACGACGACGACGACGACGACGACGACGACAAGGAGGCUUAAACGAUACGAGAGAGGACGAGAGAGGACGAAGCAGCACGUCAAUGAACAAUGCCUCCUGUUGGCACGCAUGCCACCUCGCGUUUCACCUCCCCUGUUACCCACUUUUCAAAAAGAUGCCACUUUCUCGUGCACAGUGACCUGCGUGCGUUGCACAAUUGCUGCCACUAAAAUCGAUGUUUACCCC